CUUAUAAAAAGCCUGAUGUAAUUCUUAACGCGGCCUCUGGCUACGCGGAGCCCAGACUAGUUACAACAACCCGGGAGGACGGAGCGAGCCGGAGGGAAAGGGACCCGAGACCCCCGAAGCCCAAACCCCGAGGCGAGGAAGGAGGAGGAAGAGUCGGGGAAGGAGCAGAGAGGGUCGCGGUGGAUACAGACUCCGGCUCCCCUCGGGAUCGAGACGGCUGGCGGUCCCUUGGACCGUUGGGUUUUGCCCAGAAGAUGCGUUUCGCCUGGUGGAUCUAAUAAUCUCUCUCUCUCCUGGCUGCUUUUCCACUGCGUUUGCUCUCCGGCGAGGGGAUCGGAUCUCUCCCCCCACCCCCCCUUCAAGGAAUCCUUCCUCAGCUCCAAUAUUGGUCUUCUCGUCCAGCCUUUUUCAUAUUUUUAUUCGGGCUAAGAGAAAGGGGGUCCUUGGGGAAGGGGGUGCGCUUUGGAUUGGGGGGGCGCGAGCAAAGUUUUCUCCCCCCCCCUUUAUUUCAGAAGAGAGAGGGGGUGGGCAGGCGAAGGCGACAGAUUUCUCUCGGCCCCCACCUCCCCGCCUCUGCAAUCCUCGGACUCUAGGCUCGCUGGCAAUUUUCUUACUUCUGGAUUUCUGGAUGGCUUCCAUUUGGGAUUGGACUCAGCCGGGGAGCCGGAUAUAAUAACUUGGGGGGAUUCGGAAAGGUGAUACCUGCCUCGGCCACCAGGAGGAGCCCAACUCACGAGAUGGGAAGGCUGGCCUGAGCUCACCUGAGGCACCUGGAGCAAGAACUCUCUCCCCUCCUUCCUGUUAUGUCCCAGAUCGGCCCGCUUCCUGGCAAUCGCAGUGAGUUCCAAAGGACCAGGGACCUAGGAUGAGGAGGAGAACCGGAUUUUCCUUGAACUUGCUAUUCCUAGUGCCACUUCUCGUUGCGCAGACCGGGGUGGCCCUCGACCUGGGACAGUCUUCGUGCACCACUCUGGUCCAGGGCAAAUUCUUUGGGUAUUUCUCCUCCUUGGCCGUCUUCCCGUUGAACACUUCCCGCUGCUCUUGGAUUAUCCAGAACCCGGACCCCAGGAGGUACACCCUGUACAUGAAGGUGCUGAAGCCGGCGGGCGCAUGCGACCGCCAGCAGAUCCGCACCUACCAGUUUGACUCGUUCUUGGAGUCCACGCGGACCUACCUGGGCAUGGAGAGCUUUGACGACGUCCUGAACCUCUACGACAGCUCCACCCGCUACGCCUUCCUCCAGUCCAACAAGCAGUUCCUCCAGAUGAAACAGACCGCCACCGCCGCCGCCACGGAGAGCGGGCGUGGCCGGUGGAAGCCGGCCAAGGCUCAGGACCGGGACUUCUCCGUGGAAUACCUGGUGGUUGGCAACCGGAACCCCAGCAAAGCGGCCUGCCAGAUGUUGUGCAAGUGGUUGGACACCUGCCUGGCCACCAGCAGCAGCUUCCACCCUUGCGGCAUCAUGCAGACGCCGUGCUCUUGCGCCAGCGGGGAGGUUCUGGAGCAGCCCAGCGAGAUCCUGGGCUUGCCCAAGAAGAAGGACUGCUUUAAGGAUGGGAUUUACUUGGAGAACUGCGUGAGCAGCCCGAAGGACGGCGAGGUGCUGAAUUUUUUGGGUGGUUGGACGCCUUGGUCGGCCUGGGGAGAAUGCACCCGGGACUGCGGGGGAGGCCUCCAGACCCGCACCCGCUCCUGCCAACCUCUCCCCGAUGACAGCCUGGUUUGCGAGGGAGUCGUCGAGGAAGGCCGGCUUUGCAACAGGAAAGCCUGCAAUCCCAACGCACACUACAAUUCCCGAAGCCAAUCGCUGAGGUCCACAGAUAACCGUAAGUGGGAUGAUGCGGAUGAACUACAGCAAUUCGGCUACCCUGCUCCUCAAAUAGGUGAUCCGGCUGCUGAGGAGUGGUCCCCCUGGAGCAUGUGUUCGACCACCUGCGGGGAGGGCUGGCAGACUAGGACCAGAUUCUGUGUCUCGUAUUCCUACAGCACCCAAUGCAGCGGGCCCCUCCGGGAGCAGCGGCAAUGCAACAAUUCCGCAGUCUGUCCAGUCCACGGGACGUGGGACGAGUGGUCCCCGUGGAGCCUCUGUUCUUCGACGUGCGGGCGAGGGUACAGGGACCGCACCCGCACCUGCAAGCCCCCUCAGUUCGGCGGCAAUCCAUGCGAAGGACCUGAGAAACAAACCAAAUUCUGCAACAUCGCCCUUUGCCCCGAGAACAGCAGGAAGCUCCGGGGGACGGGGGAGGGGCACCCUGUGCGCUCUGCAGCUCAGGCCCGCCCCAGCUGA